AUGAGCACACCGGCCGGCAACGUUCGAGUAGUCGAGAGUGGUCGGAGGAAGAAGCAUCCACGCCUUGCAGCGGGUGGGAUCACGUUGGCCUGUCCUGUUCACUUCACCCCCACAUUCCGGCCCAAGAUGGCAACUGUCGCGGUCGAUCUCCUCUUCCGGCAGCUCAACCUCUCCAGACGAUGCGGAGAGUUCUCCAAUGUUCCAGUAGUAUUGUGGAGAACAAGAACGGCAGACGGCUUCUGGCUUUGCGUCGAAGCUACUUGCAUAAAUGGGCGAUUCCUCCACCCGGCAAAAUUAGGCACCGUCAAUUGCAUAAGUCGCAUCAAGGUUUGUUUGCGAUGGAAGAGCCUGGCCGAUCAAACUAAAAUCCCAAAGCCCACCAAGUCAACUGGGUUUUGCAGUCCUCGAUUGACGGAAGACUGGGAAGCUGCAGCCAUUCAGGCUAAAGUUCAGCCCGACACCAUUGCCGAGCAUUCCGAAUGUCUCUUCCUGCAAGGCUCGCGUCUGCAGAGAGACCAGCCGCUUGAGGCGACUUGCUUCUGGGUUUUCAUCAGAUUGUGCUCGGUAAGACGGGGAUUCGGAUGCAGCCCGUCUGCAACAGCGGACACUGGACAACGUUCCGAUUACGUACCUAAAGAGGUUCGGAAGAGUCUGUCAAUCAGGGACAGGCAUGAUGCAACGAUCUCGGGAAAGCUACUUGAAUUGGUCCGAGUAUCCAAUCUGCGAAGGACAGGGCUUGCGGACGAGAUCCCAGAUACCAUUGGCAUGACAAUCUCUGUGAGGGGAUUCAUUGCGUUUACGCGAGGCUUACCAUCUUGA